AUGUCUCUGCUGGACGACGUCUCCGAAGACCUGUCGUUUGACCAACUGUUUACUGAGACCUCCUCAGACAAGGAAAAUUUCACCAUAAAAGACUUUGUUGAAGGAGACGGAGACGUGACUCCUAGAGUCAGACGCUUCCGAAGCUUCGAACAGCCAGAGUUUGAAAAUGAUGAUUCUGGAUCUGAGGGAGAAGGAGACCUGACUCCUAGACUCCAACGUUUUCAUUAUGCCGGAUCUGAGCAGGAUGACGGCGAAGCUGACGACAUUUUCGGCGUCGAGAACAUCGACGACAUCGAUUUAAGCCACCCGUUUAGGCUGAUCGAUUACAACCUGUACCUUGGCUGGAUCCAGAAAGGCAAGGAUCAGAAGUACCGUCGCAACUGUAUGUACCUGUUCGAUGGGUAUGACUGCUUCCCAUUCACGUAUCAAGAUUUUGUCAAGAGCAAGACAAACGAUGGAUGGCAGCUUCCGACUACAGGACCUCAGCAAAAGCUGUUGUUUGGUAUUCUUCCUGUUGCAGAAUACGGUCCUAGAUUUAACGGUGUGCACUAUGUCAUCGGCUUCGAUCUGGACUGUGAAGAAUUUUUUGUUCGUUCAUUUAACUGGCUGCCUGAAGUCAGUGACAUAUGGAGUGUUUGGCAUGAAGGGGUUCCUCUGUACUACUUUUCCAUCUGGGUUCUGUAUUCCAUGAUGAAAAAGAGCCUCAACAACAAGGACGGGAUCGUGGACAUCUUGUCUCUCAGCGUCACUACUUACUGUGAAAUCGAGAUGAACAAUGACGAUCCUGGACUCGAGAUUGUCAUCGUCAUCCAGUGCUGCCAGUGGAUUCUCGAUUUUGCGGAUCUUAUCCUCCCUCAGGAUCCUUGGUUCAAUGCUGAAGUAUUCAAGGACAAGAUCACCGAGUACAUGAGCGAGUGGCGCCAGAUUCUCGAGCGCGCAUCCUAUCAAGCCUGGAAGGCGGUUCGUGACAUGCCGCCGAAGGAGGUUUACUGUAGAAGGAAGUGGUGCGAUCAGGUGACUCUCGACCUGUACAGCUUUGGUGAUUCCAAAAAGACAGACAGCCUGCGUGGUCAGACCUGGCACGCCCCCAGCCAGGCUUAUUGUGAUAGGAUCCGCAGGGAGAGCUGGGAACGGUACCAGAAAGAAACCCAGGACUAUUUCCAGCAGGCAUUCACUGAGCCGGACAGUGAGGCCUCCGUAUACACUGCAGAGAUGCUGCGGAGGCACAAGAAGGAGCAUGGCUGUGUGAUUUGCUCUCCCCCUGUCACCAUAUCUCCCCAGAAAGCUCUCGUGCAGGCUUCAAGCUCUAGUUCUUCUGCCGGCCCUGGUAUUGCUUGCAACGGAGAGGAGCAGGACGACGAGAUUCACUUUUCUACUAGGUUCACCCGCUUGGUCAAUUCUAUCGAAGAGCAGCAUCCCAAGAACGACACUGUUCCCAACUAUGGAGCUGCGCAGGCAGCUACCAGAGCCUUGCAGCGGGCAUUUGGCGAUCCUGAUGAAGAGGUACCCGUAUUCAAGCCACGCCGGAUCCGCCGUCGAGAUUCUGGCUACACCACUCUUUGA